CACAUCUGAGGACACGGUGAACUGGGAAGUGACAGAAAUGCUCUUUUUCUCCAGAGAGCUGGCUGGACUACCAGCACACCUUCACCAGGCCAGCAAGGGUAGGGACAGCAUCCUCAUUCUGGAGGCAGAGGGUGCUGUCCCCAGGGCAUUUUGGGAAACGGAGGGAGGCUUUCAGUCGUCCCAUUGGUUGUCAGGUGAUACCAAAGCAUCAGGUGACAUUAAUGAAGAAUCGCCUAAACCCCACAGCAGACGUGCAGAGGGGACAGUCUCGGGGGAGUGUCCCUGUCCACUCCGCGCGGCUGCCUGUUUCUUUUCCCGUGGCAGCAGCUCCCUGGGAGCCCAGGACAUUUGCCCUGUGGCGGCCCCCGUUCUGGACGUGGCGACUCAUCCUCGUGGUGUCCAUUGUCACUUGAUUCUCUUGUUUUCUGAAACUCGAUGGAUCCAGCAGGAAGCUUGAUUUGAUUUCAGCUUUUCCCCCCUUUUUCCUCUAAGGAGAUUCAUAGCUGAUCCAUGAACCUCCUGCUUCACUUAGGGGCCUAGAGUGGCCACGGUCCCUCAUUCGGUGUUAGGACUGUGGGGGCCUCUGGCAGAGCCUCACCCCUCCCCAGUAACCGUCCUCAUUAAUCUUGCACCUGACUUUGGCAGCCGUAGACAGUGAUACCGCAGUUCCUGUUUCUUGGUGUCACUGUGGAUGCUGAAUGGUGAUUUCCCAGGAGUAGUUUUUAAAAUCAGGGAGACUGAGAAGAGUCUCUAGUUGCCAGGGAUUUUCCAAGACCUAGCCCCCUAGUUUCAAAUCCCAGCUUCUACUGUGUGACCUUGGGCAAGUUACUUUAGGUUUCUGUGCUUUGGUUCCCCCAUGGAAUUGUCAGGAAGAUUGAACGGCUUGGUGCUGUGUGUGUGGCGUUUUCUCUUCAGUUCUCGGAGAGCACUGGGCUGGAAGAGCGUGACCUGGACUCCUCCACUCCUCCACGCCUUCCUGGCCCGCACCCCGCAGACUCAGGCUCCUGGGCUCACCUCCCUCCCGCAACCAGCCACACCUGCUCUUGGAGCCAGGUGCACCCUGGGUGGGGCUUUCUGGCCACUAGUGCAGGAAGGCUCCGGAAGGUUAUUUGGCCUGAAUGAAGAGGCGACCCGGAGGACUACUGAGCUGCCACAGAGCCGGCUACAGAGGCACCUGUCACCCGCUCCCUGCAGCCAGACCAGCUAUGGCCAGCACCCCGGGGCCCUUCUCCUUUCCCAUGGCACACGUUGUCCUCUUUGUCUUCGUGGCUUCUGCCAUCUUUCACCUCCAGCAGCGACUGGCGAGGCUUCAACCCCCAGGGGAGGUGCAGACACCAGCGCCGCAAUCCGCAAGAGAGGGGCCCACAGCCCAGCAGCUCCAGGGCAUGUGGACCAUCAACGCAGUAGGCCGCCUGGGGAACCAGAUGGGUCAGUACGCCACGCUGUACGCCCUCGCCAAGCUCAAUGGGCGGCCCGCCUACGUCCCCGCGCAGAUGCACAGCACGCUGGCCCCCAUCUUCAGGAUCACGCUGCCCGUCCUGCCCAGCACCACGGCCCGCAGCGUCCCGUGGCAGAACUACCACCUCAACGACUGGAUGGAGGAGCAGUACCGCCACAUCCCGGGGCGCUACGUCCGCCUCACGGGCUACCCCUGCUCCUGGACCUUCUACCACCACCUGCGCCAGGAGAUCCUGCAGGAGUUCAGCCUGCACGAGCACGUGCGCGAGGAGGCCCAGCAGUUCCUCAGGGGUCUGCGGGUGAACGGGAGCCGGCCCAGCACCUUCGUGGGGGUGCACGUGCGCCGGGGGGACUACGUGCGUGUCAUGCCGCAGGUGUGGAAGGGCGUGCUGGCCAACAGGGGCUACCUGGAACAGGCCAUGCAGCGGUUCCGAGAGCGCUUCAGGUCCCCCGUCUUCGUGGUCACCAGCAACGGCAUGGCCUGGUGCCGGCAGAACAUCGAUGCCUCCCGUGGCGAUGUGGUGUUCGCCGGCAACGGCAUUGAGGGCUCCCCCGCCAAGGACUUUGCGCUGCUCACACAGUGCAACCACACCAUCAUGACCAUCGGGACCUUCGGGAUCUGGGCCGCCUACCUGGCCGGUGGAGAGACCAUCUACCUGGCCAACUACACCCUCCCAGACUCGCCCUUCCUCAAAGUCUUCAAGCCAGAGGCAGCCUUCCUGCCAGAGUGGACGGGGAUCGCUGCAGACCUGUCCCCGUUACUCAAGCACUAAGGCUAGCCCUUCUCCUCUUCUGGCUCCCCCAAGAUCAGUUCCAAGGCAAAAGGAACACAAUGUUACAAGCACAGGACCCUUUCCCCUUGUGUGAAGAUGCCUUGGGCUGCAAGGGAUUUCCCAACGAAUGUGUCCAAAGAACGUAUCUGUACGUCUGGCAAAAUUGUCCAGAGGGACACAGCCCAGUGCUGGUUAACUGUCAGCUCAACUGCACUGUCAGUGACCUCAGCUGUCACUGUCUCUUCUUAGCCCAGUUGCCUCAUGCUACACCCCCCCCCACACACACCCCAGAAAAGCUGCCAUAUAUAUGGGUGUCACACAAACAACCUCAUCCAGAGACAGCAAAAAGAGAUCAUGCUGGGCACAGUGGGGCACGCCUGUAAUACCAGCAGCUUACGAGGCUGAGGCAGGAGGAUCAUGAGCUCAAAGCCAGCCUCAGCAUAAACGAGGCACUAAGCAACUCAGUGAGACCCUGUCUCUAAAUAAAAUGCAAAAUAGGGCUGGGGUGUGGUUCAGUGGCCCUGAGUUCAAUCCCUGGUACUGCACCACCCCCCCCCAAAUAAAAGAGCUCACCAUGAGUCCCUUUUGAAGAGGGAGGGAACUCUCUCUGAGUUCAUUUUCCACUACCAUAAAGAAAUACCUGAGGCUGGAUAACUUAAUAAAGGUCUAGUGAAGACCUGAUGGCAGAUGACACCACAGGGACAGAGGGGCAGGUGAGAAGCAGCAAUCAUAUGGCCAGACAGGAAGCCAGAGCAGGGGGAGUACCAUAUUGUUCUCUCUGUAAUAACCUUUUUUUUGCAAGAACUCACUCCAGGUCCCCUAAGAACUACAUCAAUCCCUUGCGAGGUCAGUGCUUCUAAUGACCUAAGGACCUCCCACUAGGCUCCACCUCUUAAAGGUGCACCACCUCCCACAUCAUCAUACUGAGGACCAACCUCCCAAGACAUGAAAACUUGGGGGACACCCUCAAAAUCAUGUUAAAACCAUAGUAUGUUCCUAAGCCUGCCAGCAACUUACUCCUCAAUCUUUUGGGCAAGAUUUGUGUCACAUGCAUAUGUGGCCCAUUAUGAGGCCAAUCAAAUGGUACCACAAUAGUGUGUUCAGCCUCAGAUCCUGCAGGUGAGGAGCUCACAAGCUCUUGAGAAGGACAUGGCAGUCUGCAGAGAGCUGCGGUGUCAUUGCCAAGAAUAAACAACAGGGAUGCCUGAGCGGUCA